UCCACCCCUUUUGCCUCCGUUUUUCAGAUCGCCGUCCGUCGAUUUAGGCGCAUCUCUCGUCUCUUGUCUUUGCUCGAUUCCGCCGCGGCUUCCGUCCGUGUCGGUAGAUCGAUUGCGUGGGGGGAUGGUGGUGGUGGUUGUUGUUGUUGUGGGUUAACUGUGACAUAUGAUACCAGAUCUUGAUCCACUCGAAGUGUUCAGUACAUACAACUGCUUCUUGUAGGUUAGUAGCAACUUUUUGUGUAAAUGUCAAAUAAACAUAUUAAUUAUGUGCUUCAGGUCUCACAGUUUUUUUUUUAACCCGACAUGCCAUAUGCUUCUUUUUGUUAUAUAAGAUGUGCUCAGUUAGGCCACCUUUUAUAGUCCACCUACUUUAUCAUUUUCAUCAAACCAUUGGGAAGCUAAUUUGAAGUUUUCAUCAAACCUAUAUUUCCUUGGGUAGAAGUACUAUAUUUGCCUUGUAGAGGAUAGUCUUGUUAAUGUUGCCACUGUCUUUUGGAACAAUACAUUGUGAUUCACAGCCAGUAACUCAUGAUUUGUUUUAGUAAUGUAUUUGUUAUAUGGAGUUGUGCAAUUUCUCUAAAACUUUUGUUGGGCUUUGGUACUUAUCUGAAUGUUUAUGCCCUACUACCUUUAUAGAAAUAUAUGUAUGUUUUCAAGGCGGGAGAUCCUUUGAACCAGAAUGCCCUUUUUUGAUACUAAAAUAUCUGUUGGAAACCAAAAUUGUUCUUUAAAUGAUCUCAAAUAUUAAUUUAAUAAGCUUCACAGUGUGGAAUACUUGAUACUUAUUAUUGACUUAUCUUCUUUCUUUGUCUGGGCACUUGCUUUUGUGUUUAUAUAGAAAAAAAUAUCUGUUUUGAUGAGUACAGAAAAAUAUGUUUUCACAUUUUUUUUGCCUAAACUGCUUAACUUGACACAAAAACAUAUUAUUUUUAACAAUUCUAACGGUUAAGUCAAUUUAACACAGUUGGUUUCAAGAUGACAAGUAAGAAAAGUAACAGAUCUACAGUCACAUCACGCACUGCUCUGCAUAUGGAAUGGGACAGGAUUUCUUGCCCUAUUUGUAUGGAGCAACCCCACAAUGCCGUUUUACUUAUAUGCAGUUCAUACAAGAAUGGCUGCAGAUGUUACAUUUGUAACACAAGCCAUCGACACUCUAAUUGCCUUGACCGGUUCAGAAAAGUGAAUGGUGAUAGUAAGGUCCGUGCUUCACACUCAACCUAUUCGGUGCUUUCAAACUCCAAUAUCAGAACUGUCCAACCAAGAGCUCACUAUAAUAUGAUUUCCAGACGUUCACGGAGCCCAAGACUCGGAAGACAUGUUGAUAAUGAAGGAUCUUAUCAUACCAAUGUAAACAGUGGUCCAAAUCCAGAUGACAUAUCUAGACCUGAAUCUGAUUUCACUAGCUAUCAAGGAUUUGAAAACUCAACCUUACCUGUUGAAGGAAAUAUUGUAUUGGGGGAAUGCCAUGAUGCCAUGCAAAGUUCUGCUGAAAUGAAGUGUCCUCUCUGUAGAGGAUCUGUAUCUGGCUGGAUUCCUGCUGGAGAUGUGAGACAGUAUCUAGACAAUAAGUUGAGAACUUGCUCUCAUGAUUCCUGCAAAUUUACUGGAACCUAUGAGCAACUGCGUGAACAUGCAAGGACUGCACACGUGCUUACAAAGCCUGCUCAUGUAGAUCUGUCAAGAAAAAGAACUUGGGAUCGCCUUGAGCGUGAGCAGGAGGUUGGCGAUGUCAUCAGUGCAAUUAGGUCCCAGGUACCUGGGGCAAUAAUAGUUGGUGACUAUGUUAUUGAGACUCGAGAUGACUUGUCCCCAGACAUAGACUCCGGCGAUGAAAGUAGUGAAUGGUAUUCAGACCAUCUUGAUUCACCAGAUAAUAGACUUGAUUCCCCAAGGGUGUGGCCAAAUGAAGCGCUAGGGUCACCUAGCAUUUGGUCAGAUGAAAGGCGUAAUUUGGCAAGGCUGCCACAGAUCAAUAGAGUUUCACCCAGGCUUUCAUUAGGCAGUAGGCGAACCUUGCAUUCAGGUUGGCAGGGGGUUCGUCGGUCAAGCACACGGAGUCUGCUGCAACGGGGCUUCUCAAAUCACUACUCUGGACACCGCAGCAGCAACUACCGUGGACAUCGUCACAUGCUUCUGGAUAGGUCUUAUGCUGGUACCCGAAAUUCAGGUACUGGCAGGAGCCUAAAUCCGUCGGUGGUGCCAAGCAGGCGGCAGCGGCUUCGGUACACGCACAGAAGUCACUACUGAUGGAAUCAAUACCAGUUCCACCGUAGAACUUCAUUGGUUGAUCCAUCCAUGCUAUCUUUGUAAAUAUAUGCAAAGGCUACGUUUUUUAUUUAGUGUAUUUAAUCUGUGUAAACAAUCUAUCCCAGAUGCAAAAGGAUCUAUAUAUUUCUCUCCAAUGCCAUUUAUGGUGUUUCUGCAUUU